UGAUUGAAGGGCGGCCCUGCUCUCUACUUAGCCACAGUCUUGCAGGAUGAUGUCACGUUGGGUGACGCCAAAAACUGAACUUUGUUGCCGGGCAACACUGCAUUGUUUUCCCAGAGCCACCUGCGUUUGCGCCGUAGACUUCUUGUACAGUUUAUGAACGUAUUCUUCUUGACGUCCCCGAUCAGUUUCUGAAGAGCAGUUGUAAAGCUAAAAGUGGGUUGCCGACAUCGCCGCAUGUCCACCAUCUUGGCAGUGCGACAGAGCCGAAGUCCCUGCUAAUCCAGAGAUUGGUAAAGAGCGGAGGCAGGCCUGGGUGACAGAGCAGAGCAGACAGUUAGCAGAUAGCAACCUGAGAAGGCACCCACCUGUCACUCCAAAUGGCCACUCCCUUAAUUAUGCAUAACUUGAGGCCUUAAUAUGAAUUUAACGAUAUAUCAAAAAAUUCAACAGUUGUCAUGAACGGGGAUAUUAGCUAUAGAGACCAAACCCGUUUUUGUAGCAAGCUGUAAACAUGUUUAAUUAUAAUGUAAAGUUUGGGAUUUUAACAUGGGAGUCUAUGAGGAUUGACUCGCUUUGGGAGCCUUAAGUGGCCAUUUGAGGAACUGCAGUUUUUGGCACUUCCGAAUUUGAUUAAUUUUUCAGAAUUUUUGGCUGCACCACACUGACAAAGACAUUCAAAGAAAAAAACUAUAAAAAAAUAAAAUAGGCGAUAGACUCCUUUCCCAUUGCGAGUAGACAGGUGGAAAACAGGGUUCGUAAACAGUAGGUUGGUUACUGGUUUUAUAUCCGUUACUUAUUUAGUCUCUUCUAACUCGGUGCUGACUAAUUUGGAAGGAUGUUCGAUUGCAAACUGUAUGGAGAAUGACAGAAUUUGUGGCUGAGAUGACACAGAAAAGGGGGGCAGAAAUUAGCGCGUUCACCCAGGUGUCAUCAGUGCCGAUCGGAGCUGGAGCCGAUAAAUACCCGUGACUAAUGCGGAGUAAUUUAUUUCGGGAAUUAAUUCUUGUAACCUUUCCCACUAAACACAAAAGCCAGAUGUUAGUGGGUGUUUCUGUUUUUGUUUUUUUUGUCCAUUGCGAAAGGAGUUUCCCUCUUGUUUGAAUAAGGGCUUUGUUUUAGCAAAUGUUUUAAAUCACUUAUAAAAAAUAGUUCUAUUUUAAACUUGGUUGUAGUGCUCUGUAAAUGUCUCACUGUGACGUUGUUUCUUAUACAGCGUGGUACAUCAUCAAAAGAAAGGCAAGUUGCUGCUCAUCUCCAAAAGCUGCUUGCAAAGCUAGGUUUUAACAGAAGAGUCAGUGACAGCACAGUCACUGACUCUUCAGUCACUGACAGAUGGCACUGUCCACCAUCGUGGCAUCAUCGCCCCGCGUUCAGUCUGCUGGUGGGGAGGCUGCACAGGAGUUACACUGAUGCUGGGUUGAGCUGUCUGUGACCUAGUUUCGCUGUCUCUUCGUUAAAUUGUUAAUAGAUCCUGAGUGCAGCAUGGAGUCUCUCUGGGGAGCCCGAGCUGCCAUAAGAACCAAAAAUAGCUCCCCCCCCACACACACACACUGGGAAGGUAAUUUAUUUAUUUCACCAAUUCCCUCCAUGUUCACUCCAACCCUUCGUGCCAGCGUGGUGCUUCAUAAACACACAUAAGCAUCACAAAAGGAAGCGGUGACAGAAGCGGCAGCAAUUCAGCUCAUCCUGACUCUGUGGACGCACAUUUGAGCCUUUCCUGAUACUGCAAAAAACAAUCUGUCAGCUGUAAUUCAUUUGUAUGGAUGCACUCUGCAGCAAUAACAGUCCAAGUAUUGCUGUUUCUGUUCGAAAUCAGAAAACAGAAAACUAAUCUAAAUAUAUUGAACUAUUAAAUGCAAUAGUCUGGCCAAAAGCAUGCCAUCUAUUUCAGUUUUUUUUCAUUUAAAAGGAUACUGUAUUCUCUGUCAUUUAAAAAAACAGUAGCUCGAGGGAGAACAAAAUCAUAAUUUCUAGUGUUUAUCAAGCUUUGCACAUCGUCAGUCAACCGCGGCAGACAGAGCCAUAUGUGGCACAUACACUGUGCAGAAGGACAUCAUCAUUAGCAAUGUAAUUAUCGUCAUUGCCAUCCAUUUGUCAAGCUCCCGCUGUCUCCGGCAUAUGGGACCGGGAGCAAGCACACACGGCGGUUCAUCCUCGGGGACGACACGGCAUCGCACAAGCCCUGCUCAAACACCAGCCGGCAACACCAGGAGACAAUCAUCUGGAGCAAUGACUGGAAACAGCAAACCAUCUGCUGGCCAAGAUGAGAAGAACAAGAACAACCUCCCCCAGGACUUUGACAUCGACAUGGACAACCCGGAGACGGAGAAGGCCGCCGUGGCCAUCCAGUCCCAGUUCAGGAGAUUCCAGAAAAAGAAGCAGGAUGUGAAGUCGUAGAGCGGAGUGCCGUCCACUGAGUCGUCACUCGAUGUGGGCCUGGUCUUGCAUGUCAUUCAAACUGCACCAUCAUGAACUGAAAAGGAAGGGUGGGGGUAGGGUUCCUGAAGGUGGAGGGUCGGGUGGUGGGGUGGUCUGGGGCUAAAUAGUAACUUCGUGAAAGUCUGUGUAAUUACAAACUUAUGACUAUGAUAUUCAAAAAUGAUACAUUAUCAAAUUCUGGGUGUGUGUAUUUAAAUCUUUGCUAUAAUUUAGCUGUUUUUGUUUUUUACUUCAAUGACACAGUGGAGCUUAAAGUUUAAUAGUCUUUCUUAUGUCACAAUCAGUGUAAUAUACCCAUGUGAACAAGGUAAAAUGAGUCUUCUCAUAAAUGAUCAAACACUGAUUAAAUCAGGGGGGAAUAUAAAGCCACAUGCAUUGCUGUGAUUGACACUUUAACUUGGGUCACGAUUCCAUCGACUGUCUCAGCAAAGAGUCUUAAUCAAAGGAUGUUUCAGCUCCGCUGGAGGUCUGUUCAUGGCAUUUCCCUCCGGCUGCAAAAUGAUCCCAUACAGUUGCCAGUGCUUUCACGCCGUAUGAGUGAUGCUUUUAAAAUCAAAUCAAGGUCUAAUUUGUAUUGGGACGUCGGAGGUCUCCCCUCCAUCACUUCUUUUCAUCUGAUGACAUGAACCUCUGAGCUGUGUGUCUUUGUUGAGACGCUAGAUGUUGUGCUUGUGAAUUGAUUCCACUUGUGUUUGGUUUCCAUUGUUCUUGUUCCAACGUGAUUUAAACCACGGUUCAGUUGCCUCACACAUGUGAAACUGUACACACACACACACACACACACACGUAUGCAUGCAACCCUGCACAGAUAUACACACACAACACACACAUGUAGAGAAAUAAAUAAAGAUAUUGUAACGGAGUGCAAGUUGAUUUACUUUCACCCAAAUUGUUCCAGUUAGCGGAUGUGACUUGUUGCCGGGGGAAUGGUGGUCUAGACCUGCUCUAUAUGAAAAGUAAAAAUAUAUCAAAUAAAUAAAUAAAAUUGCCAUCAUCCAUUAAACUAUACACAGUAUGUGCUGUAGAUCCUAUUAAACUAGUUUUUGUUUUUUUACCAAUUAUCCCUUUGACCUUGCAAUGAACUCAAUCUUUUGUUUGUAAGAUUGAAUCAAAUAAACGGAUGAUACACAGACCUGGAAUAUAUCAACAACUACUUUCAAAAGAGAACUGUUCAGCAGUGUUGGGAUUCCAUUACAGAAAUAUAUCCCACCAGCCUGAAUGAGUGUCCGAGUCACCUCAUCCUGAUAGUGCAGGUUGGAGACAGAAGAAGGUGGCAAACACUGCAGCACGCCCUGUCAUAAAGGCUGGC